GUGCAAGUGCCGUGUCUGAGCCCGUAAACCACGCAGCUCCGUCCCUGACUGGUGGAUGUUCUUUCUCCUUCCCCGGGGGUGACCGCCUUUUAACCGGGACUUGCACGGUGUCCACCCCCCGGGCACUUUCCAUCGAUUUGGUGCAAUGCGUGCCCGCACUUGAUCCGCGCUGACGACCCCCCCCCCCCUCCCUACCUCCCAUCCGUCUCUCCGCGGCGGUCCACAGGGCGUCACGGCGUCCUCCACAGCCGAGCUUCCCUCAUCUCUUCACCGCCUGAAAACCCCUCUCGCUCGGGUGGGAGGAGACACACGAACACGCGUGAGGAGACGACAGGAAGGGAGGGAGUGAGACGCGAGUGUUUCUCCUCCACGCAGAGCCGAAGCACACACGGGGUUUAGUCCGCCAAGCUCUUCACUCCGUGACGGAACACUUCCACACUUUUUUUUUUUUCCUGCCCCCUUUUUCCUUCAUUUUUUUUUUUUUGGUCUUAGCUCAUUCGUCAGCGAGCUUCCGCCCUCCCCUCCCCACGCGGCGAGACAUGGCGAAAGAGAACGGCGAGUCCGCCGACGGGUCGUGGAAAAAACACGUCGAUGACAUCAAGAGUGUGUUCGACUUCAAGGAAGUGCUGGGCACCGGUGCGUUCUCCGAGGUGGUGAUGGCUCGGGAGAAGGCCACGGGAAAGAUGGUCGCCAUCAAGUGCAUCCCCAAAAAGGCCCUGAAGGGGAAGGAGACCAGUCUGGAGAAUGAGAUUGCAGUGCUGAGGAAGAUAAAGCACGAGAAUAUUGUGGCUCUGGAGGACAUUUACGAGAGUUCCAAUCACCUGUACCUCAUAAUGCAGCUGGUGUCCGGGGGCGAACUCUUUGACCGCAUCGUAGAGAAGGGCUUCUACACCGAGAUGGACGCCAGUCGCCUCAUCCGGCAAGUUUUGGAUGCCGUCAACUACCUCCACGCCAUGGGCAUCGUGCACAGGGACCUGAAGCCGGAGAACCUCCUUUACUUCAGCCCGCACGACGAGUCCAAGAUCAUGAUCAGCGACUUCGGCCUGUCCAAGAUGGAGGGCACCGGGGACGUGAUGGCCACCGCCUGCGGGACUCCGGGAUACGUGGCACCUGAGGUGUUAGCGCAGAGGCCCUACAGUAAAGCCGUGGACUGCUGGUCCAUAGGGGUCAUCGCUUAUAUUCUGCUCUGCGGCUACCCUCCUUUCUACGACGAGAACGACUCCAAGCUCUUUGAGCAGAUCCUCAAGGCCGAUUACGAGUUUGACGCGCCCUACUGGGACGACAUUUCAGAUUCUGCCAAAGACUUCAUCAACUGUCUCAUGGAGAAGGAUCCAGAGAAGAGGUUUACAUGCAACCAGGCUCUGGAGCACCCCUGGAUCGCGGGAGACACGGCCCUCUGCAAGAACAUCCACGAGUCCGUCAGUCGCCAGAUGCGGAAGAACUUUGCCAAAAGCAAAUGGAGGCAAGCCUUCAACGCCACGGCUGUCAUCCGCCACAUGAGGCGUCUGCAGCUGGGCACCAGCUUCAACAGCAGCAUCCACGGCGGCGGCGGCGGCGCCUCGGCCGCGUCCAACCCCGCCAGCCGAGCGCCGGCCAAAAGUCAGUCCGUGGACUGCGCGCCACUCGGCCUCGACAACUUUCCUCCAAUCGCCCCCCUGCCCUCCGCCGUCAAGGCCUUCAAUCAGGACUCGGACGCGGCCUCCUCCGUCCUGGAGGAGCCGGCCAUGCCGCGCCCCUCCACCGUCACGGUCAUCCACACCGGGACUAAAUGACGCCAGGUGCCGCGGGAGGUGAGCUGGGAGACCACGGAGCUUUGAAGACGCAGGCAAGUGGUUGCCCAGUUUCCCCAUCCCGCUGCCUCCCGUCGGGGGGAGGUGAUUUGUGGAGCCCCCCUCGUGCGCCCCCCCGCCGCCGCCGUCCUUCAGACGCGGACGGGGGAAAAAAAGAGGCGGCGAGACUACACUGAAUGUUACUCCUGAAGCGGGAAGCGCCGCGUUUUUAAAAAGGGAACUUUUCAUCCAAGCUGCUGUGGGCGUCGUCCAAUCAGAUGCUCCGAUGUAUGCCUUGUGUAAAUAGCGGGAGUAAUUGUCCGCCUGCUCGUCCUCUUUGCUCCCGAGGCCUAUUUUUUCUGUGCGCUUUGCUGUAAAAGUGAAGCCCGACUCGGCCCGACGGGAAACACCACCCGCGGCCGAGCGACCCGAGAGAAUACACCUUUUACUUUUUUGGAUUCCGCAAACUUCGAAGGUCCUCCUUGACCACCAGGCGAGUUCUCAGGGAUGUGCUCGAAGCAAACCAACCUGCGUAUUACCCUGACGUGCCAACGGGAUGCUCUCUUUCUGUAAAUCAGCCAUUAUCGUCGCUUCUCGGCCGCUUCUCGCUGUAACUCCUGCUGGAUAACGUGUGUCCCUUUAAAACCUUUUUGAAUGUCUGCAAAAGCAAAAAAAAAAAAAGAAGAAGAAAACUAAAGUGUCGCGAUGAGUUGAUUGUACAGUCGUUUUGCUCUGGCGUUCAUGGCGGCCCCGCCCCCUUCCAUUAUAUCGUCCCCAUUCAGGGUGCGUUCACAUUUGUCACGUUCGGGUCGGGUUUAAAGUGUAACCGCUGCGUUUGCUCUGAUCCGUGUUUGAAUGCAAAAAUGAGAAAUACUAUAAGUCGCAGUUUUUUUCAUAGUCUGUGCGUGAUGUCACUAAGAUGACAUAUCAAAACAACACUAAAUUAAAGGGCACUUGACAUACACUACCGUUCAAAAGUUUGGGGGUCACCCAAACAAUUUUGCGGAAUAGCCUUCAUUUCUAAGAACAACAAUAGACUGUCGAGUUUCAGAUGAAAGUUCUCUUCUUCUGGCCAUUUUGAGCGUUUGAUUGACCCCACAAAUGCGAUGCUCCAGAAACUCCAUCUGCUCAAAGGAAGGUCCGUUUUGUAGCUUCUGUAACGAGCUAAACUGUUUUCAGAUGUGUGAACGUGAUUGCACGAGGGUUUUCUAAUCAUCAAUUAGCCUUCUGAGCCAAUGAGCCAACACAUUGUACCAUUAGAACACUGGAGUGAUAGUUGCUGGAAAUGGGCCUCUAUACACCUAUGUAGAUAUUGCACCAAAAACCAGACAUUUCCAGCUAGAAUAGUCAUUUACCACAUUAGCAAUGUAUAGAGCAGGGGUGUCAAACGUACGGCCCGAGGGCCGGAUCAGGCCCGUGAACAGGUUUUAUCCGGCCCGCGGGAUGAGUUUGGUAAGUAUAAAAAUCAGUCGAAAUUUUUGAAUGAAAGAAACAGCAGUUCUAAAUGUGUCCACUAGAUGUCGCAAUAGCAAUUCUUUGUACCUUUGUAGAUGAUGCUACAUAUGUAAAACAAUAAAAAUAAACCACAUGAAGUUAGUGCACCAGUCGAGGAAAAUGAGCAAACUACAUAAAUAACAUCCUGUAAUUUGAUUUUCAUAUUACUUUUUUAUCUUGAUAGAUUGAAAAUUAACACCAAUGAGUUGACUGAUGAUAAUGAUCACAUCAUUUAUUCAGAAAGUAUAAAUAACGACGAAUAAAGAUAGAAUACUAUUAACCGCAACAUGUAAGUCUAAAAAAAAAAACAACAACAUUAUGAUUUGUACAUUUUCAGAAUGUGCUUGCUCUAUUUUCAAACAAAAAAAAACAAUCUGAAGUUGUCUUUAUUUUUAAGUCAUCGUGCCGUGAUUUUACCAGUCCGGCCCACUUGGGAGUAGAUUUUCCUCCAUGUGGCCCCCCAUCUAAAAUGAGUUUGACACCCCUGGUAUAGAGUGUAUUUAUUUAAAGUUAAGACUAGUUUAAAGUUAUCUUCAUUGAAAAGUACAGUGCUUUUCCUUCAAAAAUAAGGACAUUUCAAUGUGACCCCAAACUUUUGAACGGUAGUGUAUCACUCAAAUAAAUUUCCCCCAAAAAUGCGACUUAUACUCCAGUGCGACUUAUACAUGUUUUUUUUUCUUCUUUAUUAUGCAUUUUCGGCCGGUGCGACUUAUACUCGGAAAAAUGCGGUAUAUCUCUUUUUAGGAACACUAAUACAAAACCUCCCAAUAAUGUCUGAAUGCUAAAAACGUUACGACAGACCGCCUUAAAAAAAACGGAAUGGAAUUUGAAUUUUUUUCUACUGAACGAGACACCCAGAAUGUACAUGAAAAUAAAGAAUGUGGGAUUUUUCAAUAUUAACUAUGAAGGAUAAAACACUGAAUAUUGACAACAUAUGAACGUCACACCCCAUCUGCUUAGCGAGAAGAAUUAUCUUAUCAGACGGAAAAAUAAGCAAAUAUCACCCUUAUUUGAGAUAUUUCAUCUUACUUAGAGUUCAGUUUUUGCAGUGUUCCAUUAAUUAUGAUUGGCAUUUUAAUACGAUUUCAUUAUUGUUUUCUACACUGUCAGAUUUCAAACUAAAAGUCACACUUUGAGGUCCUAAAAGCAAAAUACGGCCAUGUUUGCCAAACCUAUAAAAAUAUUAUUUCUUUAAACCAGGCCCGAAUUUAGAGGAAAAAAAUGUGUCUGAGGGCCGGUACCGUAUUUUUCCGACUAUAAGUCGCAGUUUUUUUUCAUAGUUUGUGCAUGUCACUAAGAUGACAUAUCAAAACAACACUAAAUUAAAGGGCACUUGACAUAUCACUCAAAUAAAUUUCCCCAAUAAAUGCGACUUAUACUCCAGUGCGACUUAUAUAUGUUUUUUUCCUUCUUUAUUGUGCAUUUUCGGCCGGUGCGACUUAUACUCGGAAAAAUGCGGUAUAUCUCUUUUUAGGAACACUAAUACAAAACCUCCCAAUAAUGUCUGAAUGCUAAAAACGUUAUGACAGACCGCCUUAAAAAAACGGAAUGGAAUUUGAAUUUUUUUCUACUGAAUGAGACACCCAGAAUGUACAUGAAAAUAAAGAAUGUGGGAUUUACAAUAUUAACUAUGAAGGAUAAAACACUGAAUAUUGACAACAUAUCAACGUCGCACCCCAUCUGCUUAGUGAUUAUCAGACGAAAAAUAAGCAAAUAUCACCCUUAUUUGAGAUAUUUCAUCUUUCUUAUAUUUCAGUUUUUGCAGUGUUCCAUUAAUUAUGAUUGGCAUUUUAAUACGAUUUCAUUAUUGUUUUCUACACUGUCAGAUUUCAAACUAAAAGUCACACUUGAGGUCCUUAAAGGCAAAAUACGGCCAUGUUUGCCAAGCCUAUAAAAAUAUGAUUUCUUUAAACCAGGCCCAAAUUUAGAGAAAAAAAAUGUGUCUGAGGGCCGGUACUGUAUUUUUCCGACUAUAAGUCGCAGUUUUUUUUCAUAGUUUGGUUCCGGGGGUGCGACUUAUACUCAGGAGCGACUUAUGUUCGAAAUUAUUAACACAUUAGCGUAAAAUAUCAAAUAAUAUUAUUUAUCUCAUUCACGUAAGAGACUAGACGUAUAAGAUUUCAUGGGAUUUAGCGAUUAGGAGUGACAGAUUGUUUGGUAAACGUAUAGCAUGUUCUAUAUGUUAUAGUUAUUUGAAUGACUCUUACCAUAAUAUGUUACGUUAACAUACCAGGCACGUUCUCAGUUGGUUAUUUAUGCCUCAUAUAAUGUACACUUAUUCAGCCUGUUCACUAUUCUUUAUUUAUUUUAAAUUGCCUUUCAAAUGUCUAUUCUUGGUGUUGGUUUUUAUCAAAUACAUCUCCCCAAAAAAUGCGAUUUAUAUAUGUUUUUUUCCUUCUUUAUUAUGCAUUUUCGGCCGGUGCGACUUAUACUCCGGAGCGACUUGUACUCCGAAAAAUACGGUAAGUGAGAAAUAUCGGUUGGGAAGCCUUGGGUGCGUGUUCUAAAAGUAUAUUUUAGCAGCGUUUAAUGACAUUCAAGCUGGUACCGUUAAAAUACAACAGAAUUUUAAAAAAAUGAUGACCAUUUCCAACUUGUAUUUGAGUAUACAUGAAUAAAAAAUACCAGUAUGAACAAUCUUUUAAACGGGAUACAAUUGGCGAGUGUGAACGCAGCCCUAACGAGGGGGUCAGGACGGCCAUGUUGAGUUUAAAGGGGAACUGCACAUGUUUUUAUUUUAUUUUAUUUUGCCCAUCGUUCACACUCAUUAGGGGACGAGACAGAUGUUUUUGUACAUAAAAGUCCGCUAACAAUGGAGCCUCUAUUCCGCCAAUAAAGCCCUCAAAAUAACCGUCCAAAAAUCGGCAACAUAACACAGUUUAAAUUUCAUGACCUCAAUGUCAAGUAUUCGUGAUAUUGUUACGAGCGCUAACGGCGAGACACGACUAUUUUUAGCACUAACUGGCUUGUGCUGCUGUAUUGACGUCAGCUGGUGAGCUGCUUUCUCGCCUCCGGUCUCAUGAGAGUUUGGUCUCAAUCAUGAGUAAUGCAUCUCACCUGGAUAGUAGAAGGAUGAGGACAAAAUCCAACAAGUUGGGACCCGAGAAGACGCUUGAUUGAUUUUGAGUCAUUUUUCAUGGAAACGGGAAUAUACGAACAUCCUAGCAGUCGGCAUCCUAAUGACAGCAGACCUUGUACAGUAAGUGAUGUUUUAUUAUGUUUUUUGGCUCUCAAGUCUUCAUGAGUAAUAAUUAGUGAUGUUGAGGACAAAAUCCAACAAGUUAGUCAACUCUGGCAUCCAAUUUAAACCCGGAAAUGGCAAGAAAGACCGGAAAAGACGCUUGAUUCCACCCCCGUUUUGUGUCAUUCUUCAUGGAAACGGGAAUAUACGAACAUCCUAGCAGUCGGCAUCCUAAUGACAGCAGACCUUGUACAGUAAGUGAUGUUUUAUUAUGUUUUUGGCUCUCAUAUAGUCUGCAUGAGUAAUAAUCAGUGAUGUUGAGGACAAAAUCCAACAAGUUGGUCAACUUUGGCAUCCAAUUUUAACCCGGAAAUGGCGAUAAAGCCCCGAAAAGACACUUGAUUCCACCCCCGUUUUGUGUCAUUCUUCAUUAAAACGAGAAUAUAUGAACAUCCUAGCAGUCUGCAUCCUAAUGACCACAGACUUUGUACAGUAAGUGAUAUAUAUAUUUUUUUGGCUCUCAAGUCCUCAUGAGUAAUAAUCAGUGAUGUUGAGGACAAAAUCCAACAAGUUGGUCAACUUUGGCGAUAAAGACUCGAAAAGACACUUGAUUCCACCCCUGUUUUGAGUCAUUCUUCAUGGAAACGGGAAUAUAUGAACAUCCUAGCAGUCGGCAACCUUAAUGACAGCAGACAUUGUACAGUAAGUGAUGUGUUAUUAUGUUUUUUGACCCAAGUCUUCAUGAGUAAUAAUCAGUGAUGUUGAGGACAAAAUCCAACAAGUUGGUCAACUUUGGAAUCCAAUUUAAACCCGGAAAUGGCGAGAAAGCCCCAAAAAGACACUUGAUUCCACCCUUUUUUUGAGUCAUUCUUCAUGGAAACAGGAAUAUAUGAACAUCCUAGCAGUCUGCAUCCUAAUGACAGCAGACCUUGUACAGUAAGUGAUGUUUUAUUGUCUUUUUUUGGCUCUCAAGUCUGCAUCCAAUUUUAACCCGGAAAUGGCGAGAAAGACUUUAUUCCACCCCCUUUUUGAGUCAUUCUUCAUCGAAACGGGAAUAUAUGAACAUCCUAGCAGUCGGCAUCCUAAUGACAGCAGACCUUGUACAGUAAGUGAUGUUUUAUUAAGUUUUUUGGCUCUCAUAUAGUCUGCACCCAAUUUAAACCCGGAAAUAGCAAGAAAGACCCGAAAAGACACUUGAUUUCACCCUUUUUUUAAAUUCUUCAUCGAAACAGGAAUAUAAAAACAUCCUAGCAGUCGGCAUCCUAAUGACAGCAGACCUUGUAAAGUAAGUGAUGUUAUGUUUUUUGGCUCUCAAGUCUGCAUCCAAUUUAAACGAGGAAUUGGCGAGAAAAACCCGAAAAGACGCUUGAUUCCACCCUUUUUUUGAGUCAUUCUUCAUGGAAACGGGAAUAUAUGAACAUCCUAGCAGUCGGCAUCCUAAUGACAGCAGACCUUGUACAGUAAGUGAUGUUUUAUUAUGUUUUUUGGCUCUCAAGUCUGCAUCGAAUUUAAACCCGGAAAUAGCAAGAAAGACCCGAAAAGACACUUGAUUUCACCCUUUUUUUAAAUUCUCCAUCGAAACGGGAAUAUAAAAACAUCCUAGCAGUCGGCAUCCUAAUGACAGCAGACCUUGUAAAGUAAGUGAUGUUAUGUUUUUUGGCUCCCAAGUCUGCAUCCAAUUUAAACGAGGAAUUGGCAAGAAAAACCCGAAAAGACACUUGAUUCCACCCUUUUUUUGAGUCAUUCUUCAUCGAAAUGGGAAUAUAUGAACAUCCAAGCAGUCGGCAUCCUAAUGACAGCAGACCUUGUACAGUAAGUGAUAUUUUAUUAUGUUUUUUGGCUCUCAUAUAGUCUGCAUCCAAUUUAAACCCGGAAAUAGCAAGAAAGACCCGAAAAGACACUUGAUUCCACCCCCGUUUUGUGUCAUUCUUCAUCGAAACAGGAAUAUAUAAACAUCCUAGCAAUCGGCAACCUUAAUGACAGCAGACAUUGUACAGUAAGUGAUGUUUUAUUAUGUUUUUUGGCUCUCAAGUCUGCAUCCAAUUUCAAUGAGGAAUUGGCGAGAAAAACCCGAUAAGACACUUGA